AAAAAUAUAACCUAAGAAAUCUAAACGAACAAAUAUACGCAAACAGAGACAUAAAUAAAUAAAAUCUGGAUAGACAAAUAUUUAUUUUAAACUGUAUUUGUAGAGUGAUAAAAUCAGGACCUUUAUUGGUAAUUUUAGAAUGCACCUAUCCAUUCUUCUCAAUGUAAAUAUGAUAUUUACCGACAAAUACACCUUUGUUAUGAGUCAUAUUCUAAAUUAAACAGUAGACACACACUUAAGAGACUUCGUUUGAUGGAAUAAGAAGACUAUGGAUAUUCUUAAGCCUAUAAUAAAAAUAAUAAGAGGCGAUCUAACUCCUGAAUCUCCAGAAAACAUGGAAUUUCACGGUCAGUUUACUAUAGAAGAUGAUUCGUUAAAUGGUGCAAUCCUGAACAACAUUCUACUUCCUGAAGAAAUAAUACUUAAUAUAUUUUCAUAUUUGGAGCCUAGAGAGAUUCUGAACUGUUCGUUAGUAUGUAAAUAUUGGUGUAAUUUAGCUAAAUCUAAUACUUUGUGGCAGCAUAUCUAUAACGAAAGAGAAUUUCCAAAAAAAGCGAAAAAUCUGCCUUGGUAUGUGUUUUACUGUUAUUUUACUACAGACAAUUUUAAAAAUCUAAUUAAGAAUGGUAAUGGGCAAGAAAAAUUUAAGCACUGGAGCAUAACGGCAAAUGGAGGUGAUAGAAUUAUAAUUGAAGAUAUCCCAAGCGGAUGUGAUCCUCUAAAUUUAGAUAUUCCUGAAUUUAAUAACUGUGCCAGUUGUUUUACAACAUCUUACCACUGGUGUACUAAAUACCAAAUAAUAGAUAUAGCCAAAAAACAUCUUCUAUCGUAUAUUAUAAAGAAAUACACCCCAAAAAUCUACGCCAGUGAAUGGUAUUGUGGCAGGUUCGACUGUGGAAGUGUGUACAGGCUCUAUGUGAUUUGUGAAACCCCUGUUGAAAGCGCUAGGGAUUUGUUACAAAAGUCCGAUCACCAUUUUUCCUACAACCAACAAUUUCCUGGGGGCUCUCUUGAUAGAGAAGAACCUUCUGUCAAUUAUAAAAUGGAAGUGGGUAUUAUUCAGCAAUUUUCAAACCCACAAUGGACGAAGGUUGAAAUUGAAUGGAAGGAUUACCCUAAAGAUAUAAAUGCCCUGUAUUUUCGGCAUCAGGGUAAAGAUACCCAGUUUUGGGCGGGUCACUAUGGCAGCAAAUUUGCUGGUGGAGUCUUAAAAUUUGUGUUUGAAUCCAUUGAACCCAUUCCAGAUGACAGUAUGGACAGUGAGGAUGUUUAAUACAAACUAUACCUUCAUAAUAUUGUGAUUUUUUAUGCUUUUUUUUAAUAUCCUUGACUUUUUUAUUUAGAGACUAAAAAAUUACAAUAAUAUUUUCACUAGAAAUGUUGCCUAAAAGUAUUUAUAAAUUUUAUUACACUUUAUUCGUUGUUAACUGUUAAUAUAAAUAAACUAUAUCAUUUUUU